AAGGUUAGAUAAACUUAAAUUCUUACCCAUAAUGUAUAUCAUCUAUUAAUUUUAAUACGCUCUCGUGAAUAUCUUCGCUUCCUGUACCAACCAUUUUAAUAAAAAAUGAUUUUAAAUACUCUUAUUUCUUAUGAUAAUGUAAUAAAAGAGCUAAAAUAAUUUAUUCUAACAAUAUCAUUGAUACUAUACGAAACAGCAGCAGCUGUUAAACUAGAACAAUGAUUGGUCCUGUUCUGUUAGUGGUGUUACUUUAACCAGUUUCAUUGCAUGUAUGUUUCGAAUAGCGUGACAUGUGCAUUAUAUCUUCGAUUCUCGAUCAUCAGUGUAGAAUAUUAUUGAAAAUAUUUUAAAAUAUACUUGAUAAUUUCUUUAUAUUAACUUGUGUUUAGAUAGUAAAGAAAUGGCGUUUAUCGGAGAUGUUACUGCGGAUCAAUUAUUAGCUGGUUCUAGUGUACUGUCUAGACCCGCGGAGGAAUUUGGGAAUGAUCCUUCUAUAGAGGCUAUGUGGGCGAUGAGAGCAAUGGAGCAUGCUGAAGUUUAUUUUAGUAUUUUAUGUUCGGUUGAUCCUAAGCUGUUGAAACUUACUCCUCACGAUGAUCAAAUAUAUAAAACCUUUCGAGAUGCUUUUCCUAAUCUGAAAGUGGAUGAAAUAAGCGAAGAAGAAUUGAAGUCAGAAGAGGGAAAAAUAAAGUGGAGACCAUUUUGUGAACAAUUUAAAGGGUUUGUAGAGGAUUAUAGUUUCGGUACGUUAUUAAGGGCAGAUUGCGAAGGAGACUACUCAGAAGAAAACUGUAUACUCACCACUAGAAUACAAUUCUACGCCAUUGAAAUUGCUAGAAAUAGAGAAGGAUAUAAUGAUGGUAUUAGGAAAAAAUACAAACCUAAUGGAAUUACAGAAAAAUCAUAGAUCAUAAUUGCGAUACUCUUAUAUUAUAUGUUAAAAACAAAUACUUGGAUAGCAUGUAAUUUUUCACCUACAUUUUUGUACAAUAUAAAACUAUAAAGUUACACAUUUUAAUAGAAUGUUAUUUAUAUUGAAGAAAAACAAAUAAACACGUUUUAAA